AUGACUUCUCCAUAUCUUGUUAAUAACUUUCAAGCAGAAAACAUUUUGACUGGAGCCAAUAACAAUAAUAACAGCAGCAAUAGCAUCACUCUUCUUCAUCCGCCACUUCCACCUCCAUCAAUUCCAUCAAUCCCGAUCUCUAUUUCCUUAGCUUUAUCUUUUAUUACAAAUAAGCGCAACGGCGUGUGUCUAAUUUGUGGACUUUAUAUUCCACAAUACGAAUCAGUUAGAUGCUCAGCUCUUGAAUGCUUUGUAGUUGCCCACUCCGCUGACAAUGCACUUCAAAAUCCAACAACUAGUACUGCAACAACAACUCCAAUUACUACGACCGCCACCCCUUCUAAUCAUCCUUCUUCAUCUGCUACCACAACGACCACUGCAAAAACUUCUAAUAAUUCGUUUGCUACUUGCAACACUGCUAUCGCCAACAUCAAUCCUCCCUCUUUGUUUAAUAUUGCAACAACAACAACAACUACUACUACUACUGCCAAUCCUAUUCCCUCUUCCCCCGGCUUUCAAACUCCACUCGAUAUGUUGGUAGCCGCUGCAAACGAAGUCUUAUCAAACUCAAGUUCUCCUGUAAUGACCGAUAGCAUGGACUUGGGCGCUGAUGAUAAAACUACUACUGUCAACUAUCUUCACCGUCAUGAUGCUAAUUCAUCCUCUUUCGCUGCCACUGUUGCUGAUGCUGAAGGGUAA